CGGGCAGCCGUAGAGGAGAGGCGGAAGUGGGGCGCUUAGGGAAGAUGGGGGCUGCAGUGUUUUUUGGUUGUACGUUUGUGGCCUUUGGUCCGGCGCUCUCUUUAUUCAUACUCACCAUCGCCCGGGACCCACUGAGAGUAAUUAUCCUUGUGGCAGGCUCAUUCUUCUGGUUGGUUUCCGUGCUCUUCUCGUCUUUGAUAUGGUUCGUGUCCGUUCAGAUCAGCGACAAAAACAACUCCAGCCUUCAGUAUGGAUUGCUAAUAUUUGGUGCUGCAAUAUCUGUUCUUCUUCAGGAAGCCUUCAGAUAUGGCUAUUAUCGGUUGCUCAAGAAAGCUGAUGAAGGACUUGCCACUAUCAGUGAAGAUGGAAGGUCACCUAUUUCGAUCCAGCAGAUGGCAUAUGUGUCUGGUUUUGCUUUUGGGAUAAUCAGCGGAGUAUUCUCAGUUAUAAACAUCUUAGCUGAUGCAGUGGGGCCAGGUAUUGUGGGGGUACAUGGAGAUUCCCCAUAUUAUUUCCUUACUUCAGCAUUCCUGACAAUGGCCCUUGUUUUCCUGCACACAUUCUGGGGCAUCAUAUUUUUUGCUGCCUGUGAGAAACGGAUGUGGUGGCACCUCGCUGUUGUAGUCAUCAGCCACCUGCUUACCUCAGGGCUGACUUUCUUGAAUCCGUGGUAUGAGGCCAGUCUGAUCCCCAUAUACAUUAUUACCAUAUGUAUGGGCGUGUGGGCCUUCUUGGCCGCAGGAGGUUCCUAUCAUAACAUCCGCAAAUGUCUCACUUGCAGCCGGCAGGACAGUAACCAGGUUAUGGUAUAUUCUGCUCUUCAGGUUCCCGCUGACGACUGAGGCUUCAUCUCAGCUGCCGUGCAGCCGCAAACAGACAUUGUAACACCAUCCAAGUGCUCCUCUCUCCCAGAAGCCGGCUUCUUUUCCUGUGCCUCCCUCGACGGAGAGAAAAAGACACAUUUCCCUCAUGUUUUGUUUCUGGCUCCAUCCGUUACAUGUGCCGGCUAUGGGCCUACUCAGGCUGCAUGGAGCAAUCUGGCAUUGCCCAUGCAUUCAACCAGGCAUCAACUUUAUAUACAUGUGCCGUACAUGGGGAUAUAUAGCCCCUUCACUCUCAUUUUUAUUCAGGUUUUUUUUUUUUUUUUGAGGUUGAUCUGCCCUGAGAUGGUACGUGUGUUCUAUUUUUAAGAACCCUUUGGAUUUGGAACAGGAGUAUGUUGUGUGUUUUUUUUUUUUUAUUAAAUAAUCCACCUUGGACAAAACAGUCAGAAGAUCGGCUGCUCCUCAGGGACAGAAGGUGCAACAAAGAAAAUGAAUAUGGUUUUGAAAACUCUGACGCUUGCUCCGUCCCUGUGUAUGUUGAGAGAGGUUGCUGCGGCUGAGCGCAACUGGUGUGUAAUGUGUAAAACUGUAAGGACUCAGUAUGAGCUAGUGUAAAACUGGUAAAACUCAUCCUCACUGUAGUAAAAGAAUCAAAGCCUCAGAUCAUCUGCACUGACAUGAACAGAACUUACUGUAUGUACUUUCUGCCGCAAUAUCAAGGAAAAAAAAAUAUUGUGUAAAUCUGCUUAGAGAUCCCAAUUGAUCUCUGUUCGUCCUUCUCUGCUUAUAUAGAAAGAAAAUUUCCCUUUUUUUUUUUUUUUUUAUAAGAGCAUUUGUUAAUUAUUCAAGAGAUUCUUCAUCAGUUAAAAAUCUUAAAGUUGUUAAAAUGCGUCAUGCUUUCUAAUGACAGCUAGAAGAGUCUUGGUCCUAUUUUUGUAUCAAUAAAAAAAUGUUUAGUGUUGGUUCCACAAGUGUUAAGUUUACUGUCUUAUGCUAGUUUUGCCUUCUAUCCCAUACAGUUUCAUAUUCUGUUCAGGACAAUUAAUUGGAUAGGCUGACUUUUCUUGCUGUCUCUUACAGACAUAACAAGCUGUAAAAUGUAUUGCUAAUAAACAGGCGUAGUACAAUAAAUAACCUGAUAUCUAGAUAAAAGAUAAAUCAAGAGUAGAAUUAUCACUGGAGUAGUAUUAAGACUCUUCUACACUGCCAUUUAAUAGUUUUCAAGAUGAAUGGACAAAUGGGCUUAUAUCCAGGUGCAAAGUGUGAUUAAUAAAAUAUGCAUCCUCUUUAAUUUUCUUGAAAUGUGUUCUUAAAUGUUUUAUAGAUUGCCCCUAUGUAAAGACACAAUACUCAACAUUCCUUUUGCACGAUAGUGUACAAGGGCAUAAGGUAUAGCACACAGUUAGUUACCUGCCACAUGGAUCUAAUAUUUUCUCUAUUUCUUUGCCAAGGAUCAAAAUAUAACCUGCAAGUGAGUUGUUCCACAGUUUUACCAAUCCAGGAACCUGAAAUGUUUUUGAGACAUACUUCUGUGUAACGUGUAGAGACACAUUCCAAGAGAACUAAAGAUACAAUGUAUUUGCUUAAAGGGAUAUGAACCCCAGCAUUUUCUUUCAUGAAUCAGAUUGAGCGUUUACUUCUAUUGUUCAUUCUCUUGCUCUUUUGUUGAAGCAGGAACUUAAAGGGACAUUAAACACUAAAUAAAUAUUAGAUAGAAUGAUGCAUUCAAAUAAGAUUAUUCUGAGCAUAUCAUGUAGAAGUUUAAUUAGCUAUUUAAAUAUUGACAAAUAAGUGUAAAGUUUUAGUGCCUAUAAAACAAUGGGAGGUGCCAUGUUGUUAGGUUACCUUCUCUGUUGUGGCCAAUUAGGGACAGUUUUAAAUAGGUCACUAGAGUGUGCAGCCAAUGGCUGUGUGGAAUAUAACCGUGUGCUGCACUUCCAUUUCUAACAGGAACUGAAAAGCUCACAAUUUGAGAAUGGAAUUACAGGAGAAGAACAAAAUAAAUAUUGAAAAUAUAUUGCAGACCUCUUUUUCUUUCCUAUGGCAUGGAGAGCCCACAAUGUCAUUUCAAUUACUAGUAGGAUAUUCAACUCCUGGCCAGCAGGAGGAGGCAAAGAACACCCCAUCAAAGCUGUUAAGUGUAACUUCCGUUACCCAUAAUCCCCAGUCACACUCUGCCUCUGUCAAUGGAGGAUGUGCGAAGACGGUGUCUGAAGAUAUUUAAUCCUUUUAUGGCUACUUUUCCCCUGCAAGCAACGAUUAGGUUCUAGCUGUGUCUAUGUCAAUCUCUUUAGUAAGAGUAGUGGUGGCUUUUAGCAGUUAGAAGUAAAGCAAAAAAAACCCUUGUCGCCUUCUAACAUUUUUGCUACCCCUUUGCAGAAAGCCAGGGUUGGUUACUCUGUUCUUUCUUUUAUUACAGGUUGCCGACAGGGAGUAGAGUACCGGUCACACCUUAGUAGCUGUUAUCUGUCCUGCAGCUGGAUCCACAGGUAAGUGUUUUUGCCUUCUAGGUACUGAAGGACAGCACUUUUGAGGUUAACGCUCAAGUGGAUAUCUUUGGGACUCAGUUUAUCCUUAUAUGGUUAAGGGUACAUUCAGGGGCAACUUUAUUGGCAACAGGGUCAAUACGUUUGGCAGACUACAGGCACUUUAAAUGAGAAAGUUUGAGAGACUUAAGGGUUUUUAAAGCUUGCUGACAUUUUCCCUUAGUUAUUUGGCAAGGGUAGCUAUGGACUCAGGAUCAGUCCAUCUUUAUAGAUAAAUGUUUAUGUUUAAAGGCGCAAAUUGUUUUGCCUGUGCAAUUUUAUUUCUCAUGCUUAGACUUUAAAAUUCAAAGACAAGUUACUCCCAUCUGAGCCAAGUGUCUCUCAGGAUACUGCUGUGCAUGACAUGCCUCAGCUUUCUCCUCAAACGUCCCAAGCUUUAAUUGUUUCUCAUUCUGUGCCUUCUGUUUCCUCUCAACCUCCUGGGGGGGUCUAUUUACCAGGUGAUUUUGCCGCACAGAUAACUUCUGCAGUGUCUGCAGCUUUGUCUGUUUUCCCUAUUUUGGGUAAGCGUAAGAGGAAAUCUAAACAUUUGUCUUCUAGUAGAGUUUCUGACCCCUCUAAAUCUGCGCUGGUCAACCUUUCUCAAAUGUCUGAUGAGGAGGAUACCUCAGUAGCUUCUGAAGGUGAGAUCUCUGACUCUGACACUAUGAGGGAAAAAUCUUCUGAAUCUGAAAAAGUUAAUUUCCGAUUUAAGCUUGAAUAUCUGUUUGGUCGACUCUGAACCUUCGGUUGCUGUUAACCCCAAGAAGUCCUCUAAACUUAAGAGUUUAUGAUUCUCCAACUUCUGUUGUUUUUCCUGUUCCUGACAAGAUAUCUGAAAUUAUAGCUCAGGAAUGGGAUAAGAUAGGCGUUCCAUUUUCCCCUUCCUCUGUUUUUGAAAAGAUGUUCCCUGUUGCUGACUUCAUUUUUGACUAAUGGCGCACUAUGCCUAAAAUAGAGGAAGUUAUCUCUACUCUGGUUAAAAGAGCUACCGUUCCUAUAGAGGAUAGUUUUUCUUUUAAGGAUCCAAUGGAUAAGAAGCUAGAGGCUUACUUAAAGAAGAUGUACAUCCAUCAAGGAUUACUGUGGCAACCUGCUGCAAGUAUUGCCACAGUUGCGGGAGCAGCAUCUUAUUGGUGCAGUGCCCUGUCUGAUCUAAUAUCAGAGACCACGGUAGAGAAGAUCCAAAAUUGAAUCAAAGCUCUUAAACUGGCCAAUACCUUUAUCUGUGAUGCCAACAUGCAGGUAAUUAGACUGGGAGCUAAGAUGUCUAGCUUGACUGUUCUAGCUCGCAGACCUCUGUGGUUAAAAUCUUGAUCGGCUAAUGUAUCUUCAAAGGCCAAGCUUUUGGCUUCACCUUAUAAGGGUAAAACUCUGGUCCUGGUCUGGCGGAAAUCAUUUCAGAGAUUACGGGAGGAAAGGGAUCUUUCCUACCUUAGAACAAGGAGAAUAGACCUAAGGAUCGACAGACUUCUAAUUUUCCUUUCACAGCUUUAAAGGACAGAAGUCCUCCUCUUCUUCCAAGCCAGACCAAUCCAGGUCCACUUGGAAAUCCAGCCAGCCUUGGAAUAAGGAAAAGCAAAACAAGAAGCCUUCUGCUGACUCUAAAUCAGCAUGAAGUGUCCGCCCCAGAUCCGAUUUUGGAUCAGGUGGGGGCAGGCUUUCUCUUUUUCAUCAGGCUUGGAUAUAUGAUGUCCCAGAUCCGUGGACUGUGUACAUAGUAUCCCAGGGUUACAAAAUAGGAUUCAAGUCUUGCCCUCCAAGAGGCAGAUUUCUCCUGUUAAGACUAUCCUCAAACCAGGUAAAGAGGGAGGCCUUCUUAAAUUGCGUAAAGGACCUAUCCUUCUGGGAGUUAUUGUACCUGUCCCUCUAGAGGAACAAGGUCUAGGUUUCUAUUAAAAUAUAUUUGUAGUUCCCAAAAAGGAGGGAACUUUUCAUCCCAUCCUAGAUCUAAAGUGUCUCAACAAAUUCCUCAGGGUUCCGUCCUUCAAGAUGGAAACUAUUUGUUCCAUUCUUCCAUUGGUUCAGGAAGGUCAGUUCAUAACGACCAUAGACCUUAAGGACGCGUAUUUACACGUUUCCAUUCAAAGGGAUCAUUACCAAUUUCUAAGGUUUGCCUUUCUGGACAAGCAUUUCCAGUUUAUUGUAAGAGCUGUGGCAAGACCAAAGGUUCUGGAAGCCCUAUUGGCAGUGAUCAGAUCCCAGGGAAUUGCUGUGGCGCCUUAUCUAGGAGUCAUCUUUUCAACUAUCAAAAUAUCAUACAGAGAUGUUGGUGUCUUUUCUUCGUUCCCACUGGUGGAAAGUGAAUCUGCAAAAGAGUUCUCUAGUUCCAACUGAAGAUUUUCCUGACAGACGUCAGAAGAUCCAAGCUUCAUGUCUUUCCAGCCUGCCUUUCGUCCAUCAGUGGCUCAAUGCAUGGAGGUGAUUGGUCUGAUGGUGGCUUCCAUGGACAUCAUUUCUUUUACUCGGUUCCAUAUAUACGUUCGCUGCAGCUUUCAAUGCUCAAUCAAUGGAACGGAGACAUCGCAGAGGAUAAAUCUAGACACCCUAACGAGGACUCUCUCUCGUGUUGAAUUUCACAGCAACAUCUGUCUCAGGGCACUUGCUUCCUGAAACCUUCCUGGGUGAUUAUGACUAUGGACGCCAGCCUGUUAGGCUGGGGAGCUGUUUGGAGUUCUCUAAAAGCUCAGGGCCUGUGGUCUCGGGAAUAAUCUUCUCUUCCCAUAAACAUCUUGGAGUUGAGUGCAAUCUUCAAUGCCUGGACUGCUUGGCCUCAAUUAUCUUUAGUCCGGUUUAUCAGAUUCCAGUCGGACAACAUUACCUCAGUGGCUUACAUCAACCACCAGGUAGGAACUCUGAGUUCCUUGGCCAUUAAGGAGGUGAUUUGAAUUCUGCAGUGGGCGGAAGCUCACGAUUGUCUCCUAUCUGCCAUCCACAUUCCAGGAGUGGACAAUUGGGAGGCAGAUUUUCUGAGCAGAAAGACUUUUCAUCCCGGCGAGGGGGCUCUCCAUCCGUAAGUGUUCUCCAGGAUAACUCUCCAGUGGGGGGUUCCGGAGUUAGAUCUGAUGGCGUCUCGUCAAAACGCCAAGCUUCCAAAGUACGUUUCAAGGUCAAGAGAUCCUCGGGCCGCCCUGAUAGAUGCUCUGGUGGUUCCGUGGGUUUUCGGGCUGGCAUACCUGUUUCCUCUGUUUACUCUCCUUCCACGAGUCAUUGCUCGUAUUAAGCAGGAGAGAGCGUAUGUGAUUCUUAAAGCUCCUGCCUGCCCCUGCAGGAUCUGGUUUGCGGAUCUGGUGAAGAUGUCAUCUCUUCCACCUUGUAGGUUACUUCUGAGAUCUGAGGAAGGACCUUCUAAUUCAGGGUCUAUUCCUCCAUCCAAAUCUAGAUUCUCUGAAACCGAAUGGUUGGAGAUUGAAUGCCUAGUCCUGUCUAGAUGUGGUUUUUCAGAAGCGGUCAUUGAUAUUAUGCUUCAUGCUCAUAAACCUGUUACUCGUAGCAUUUACCCUAAGGUAUGGCGUAAAUACCUUUUAAUGGUGUGAAGAUAAAGGUUUUUCCUGGAGUUGGGUGAGGAUUACCCGAAUUGUAUUUUUUCUUCAGGAUGGCCUGGAGAAUGGUUUGAUAGUCAGUUCUCUGAAAGGUCAGAUUUCUGCACUGUCUAUUCUUUUGCCUAAACGUCUGGCAGAUCUGUCAGAAGUUCAGUAUUUUGUUCAGGCCCUGGUCAGAACCAGGCCUGUGUUUUAAACCUGUUGCUCCUCCUUGGAGCCUUAACCUAGUUCUUAAAAUUUUGCAGCAGGCUCCAUUUGAGCCAAUGCAUGUUGUUGAUAUAAAAUUGUUAUCUUGGAAGGUUUUGUUUCUCCUUGCUAUUUUUCUGCUCGCAGAAUUUCUGAGCUUUCAGCUCUGCAGUGUGAUUUUUUUCGUACCUUAUUUUUCAUGCAGAUAAGGCUGUCCUUCGUACUAAAUUGGGUUUUCUCUCUAAGGUGGUAUCGGAUUGAAAAAUUAAUCAGGAAAUUGUUGUUCCUUCUUUUUUGUCCUAAUCCUUCUCUUAAAGGGACACUGAACCCAAAUUUUUUCUUUCAUGAUUCAGAUAGAGCAUGCAAUUUUAAGCAACUUUCUAAUUUACUUCUAUUAUCAAUUUUAAUUCGUUCUCUUGCUAUCUUUAUUUGAUAAAGAAGGCAUCUCAGCUAAGGAGCCAGCAAAUGUUUGCUUCAGGACCAUGGACAGCACUUGUUUAUUGGUGCUGACCAAUCAGCAAGGACAACCCAGGUUGCUCACCAAAAAUGGGCCGGCAUCUAAACUUACAUUCUUGCUUUUCAAAUAAACAUACCAAGAGAAUGAAGAAUAUUUGAUAAUAGGAGUAAAUUAGAAAGUUGCUUAAAAAUGCAUGCUCUAUGUGAAUCACAAAAGAGAACUUUUGAGUACAGUGUCCCUUUAAGGAACGUCUUUUGCAUAACUUGGAUGUUGUGCACGCUCUAAAAUUUUUACCUACAAGCUACUAAAGAUUUUCGUCAAUCUUCUGCCCUUUUUGUUGUUUUCUCUGGAAAGGGUAAGGGUCAGAAGGCCACUUCUACUACUCCUUUCCCUCUAGUUGAGAAGUAUAAGUUGUUGUUUUUUUUUUUUUCUUAUGAGACUGCUAGACAGCAGCCUCCUGAGAGAAUUAUGGCUCAUUCCACUAGGACUGUCUCCUCAUUUUGGGCUUUCGAAAAUGAAGCUUCUGUGUAACAGAUUUGCAAAGCGGCAACAUGGUCCUCUCUGCAUACUUUUUCUAAAUUCUACAAAUUUGAUACUUUUUCCUCGGCUGAGGCCUCUUUUGGGACAAAGGUUCUUCAAGCGGUGGUACCUUCUGUUUAGGUCCUCCUGCCUUGUUCUCCCUCCCUUUUCAUUCCGUGUCCUCUAGCUUGGGUAUUGGUUCCCACUAGUAAUUGGAAUGAUGUCGUGGACUUUCAAUGCCCGGAAAGAAAGAAAUGUAUCAGGUAAGCAUACAUUUUGUUUUUAUAUAUAAGCAAUUUAUCAUUUUCUAUUACCAUCGCAAAGUGUUUAACGUUCCUUUAAGCUUAGGAGCCAGCCUAUUUCUGGACCACUAUAUAGCAGCAAUUUUGCAAGAAUAUUAUCCAUUUGCAAGAGCACUAGAUGGCAUCACUAUUUCCUGCCAUAUAGUGCUCCAGAUGCCUACCUAGGUAUUUCUUCAACACAGAAUAUCAUGGGAACGAAGCAAAUUUGCUAAUUGAAGUAAAUUGCAAAUGUUUUUUUUAAUUUUAUUUAAUGGUAUGUUCUGUCUGAAUCACAAAAGAACAUUUCCGGGUUUCAUGUCCCUUUUUAAGGUUGUACAAGGUGCACUGUUUAUGUUCAUUAUGUUUUUUUAGAAUUGCCGGGCUGCUUGAGGAGCUGCAUUGCUCUGAAGUUUUUACAGAUGUUGUAGCUGCCAAGGUGUUAAUUUUGGAUCAGACACUUUUAUCUUUCCAAAUAGAAAAAGUGAUUAUACAUUUGAGAAAUGCCAAACAUGGGGUUUUCUUACUUUCCAAUACCCUAAAUAUUCAGUGCUUUAUAUGUCAUGUUGGUAAAUGCUAUUCUCAACUGAAGGCGAUACAUGGUAUCUGCACACUGACUUCUCUACUAUGCAUUGCAGACAGGGACGGAGGGGAGAGGAGGGGGUAAAAAUCUAAAAUUCGCCCCACCCUCUUCAUAUUGACAUCAUUGACAGUUUAGUCUAUUUUACAUUUCAAAAUAAAAUAACUGCUGUUUUUCAUGGUCCUGUAGUUUUAAUUUCUCUAAUAAAAAAAAUAAAAAUGA